AUUUUGGCGUGGCGGUGUGACGUCAUAACGAUGCGCCACUCUUGUGCUGCGAUUCUCACUUGUGAUUCAACUAGAGAAAGGAUAAAGUGUCCAAACGCAGAGAAAACUCCUGCUGAAGUAACUGAUCUCCACACUGUUAUAAAGAUGGCGUCUAUUAAAGUGGAGAGUGAAGACCUGAAGAUUGAAGAAACAUUCACAGUCAAACAAGAAGAUCUGCAGGAACACACAGACCUGAUGAUGCUGAAAGAAGAGACUGAUGAACUGAAUGAAGCAAAAGAGAAACACCAAGGCAUAACGACUGAUGACAAACCCACACUGACCAAGAAGACUUCACGCGGAAGACCUCGGAAAUCCAAAUCUGAGUGUAACUUCACUUGUCGUCAAUGCGGAAACGGUUUCAGUCGAAAACACAACCUUAAAGUCCACAUGAGAAUUCACACUGGAGAGAAACCUUACACCUGCGAACAGUGCGGGAAGAGUUUCUGUCAAAAGCCAAACCUUAAAAUUCACAUGAGAGUUCACACAGGGGAGAAACCGUACACCUGCGAACAGUGCGGAAAGAGUUUCACUAAAAUUCCUGGCUUCAAUGCCCACAUGAGAAUUCACACUGGAGAGAGGCCGUACACCUGCAAACAUUGUGGGAAAGACUUCUAUCAUGCAGGAAACCUAGCAGUGCACAUGAGACUUCACACUGGGGAGAAGCCUUACUCUUGCCGUCAGUGUGGCAAGAGUUUUAAGCAAAAGAGCAACCUUGAAGUCCACAUGAGAACUCACAACGGAGAGAGAAGUUUUACUUGCACACAGUGUGGGAAAAGUUUUUCUCGAAAACAAAACCUUACCAUCCACAUGAGGAUUCACACUGGAGAGAAGCCUUACAUAUGCACAAAGUGCAGUAGAGGUUUCAUACGCAAGAGCACACUCAAACACCACAUGAUAAGUCACGCCAGACGCAAGCCGUUUCCAUGUGCUCAGUGUGGAAAGAGCUUCACCACCAAAUCUAGCCUCAUGAAUCACAUGAAUCGUCACACUGAAACCAUAGUGUUUACAUGUGAUCAGUGCGGAAAGAGUCUCACACGCAAAGACUCCAUUAAGCAACACAUGAAGAAUCUCUCAAGAGAGCAACGAUUUAGAUGCAGUGAGUGUGGAAAGGACUUUAAACAUAAGCGAAGCCUCGGCACUCACAUGAAGCUUCGCAACGGAGAGCAGAGUGCUUAAAGUUAAGGCUUUGUCCUCACAUAAGGAGGGAAUAUUCGGGGAGAUGCAGGGAACAAUUAAGGAUUGUUAGUUAAGGACAGGUCCAGAUAUUUAGCAUAA